CGCCCACGGCCGCCCUUUGUCCUGUCCCCAGCCUGUCCCCAGGAGCUCCAUGGCGGUGGUGGCCGCUCUGGGUCCCUUGGGCGUGGUGGCCCUGGGCACCCUGGUGCUGGCCCUGCUGCUGCGGUGGCUCUGGGAUGGGCUGGUGGCUGUCACCCGGCUCCGGGCCACUUGUCACCAGCUGAACAAGUUCCCGGUCCCCCCCUGGCGCAAUUGGUUGUUGGGACACACUGGCAUGGGCCAGAGCACGGAGCAGGGCCUGCAGCAGGUGGACGCCUUGGUGGCCCGGUACCGUCACGGCUGCCUGUGGUGGGGACUGCCCUGGCUGCCCGUCCUGCGCCUCUUCCACCCCAGCACCCUCCGCCCGCUCCUCAGCGCCUCAGCUUUCGUGGCCCCCAAGGACAAAACUUUCUACGGCUUCCUCAAGCCCUGGCUUGGUGAGUGGAGAGGGUGACAGUGGGG